CAAAACAUUUACCGAGCAAAGCUUAACUAAACCCUAGCUAGCUAGGCCUCAGAUCUCAUGGACAAGGUGAUGAGAAUGUCGUCCGAGAAAGGAGUGGUGAUCUUCACGAAGAGCUCAUGUUGUCUCUGCUACGCCGUUCAAAUUCUGUUCCGUAACCUUAGGGUUCAACCAACGAUUCACGAAAUCGACACCGACCCAGACUGCCGUGAGAUCGAGAAGGCCCUUCUCCGUAUCGGCUGCUCCACCGCCUUCCCAGCUGUCUUCAUAGGUGGCAAGCUCGUUGGUUCCACCAGUGAAGUCAUGUCCCUUCACCUUAGUGGCUCUCUCGUCCCCUUGAUCAAACCCUAUCAGUCCCUCCUUUACUAGCUAACUAGCUCCAUCGAAAUCCUCCAUAUGAUAAAUCUUAGGUUCUGAUUGGUAAAUACCAGAAGAACUGAGAGUAAAUUAAUUGAAAGAAACAAGAGGAAAUAUAUCAGCGUAACUGAGAGGAAAAGUGUGUGAAUAAAAUAAGAAACAAAAUUUAAAGUCCGUCUUACCUGUACUUCCACUGAGACAACCAAGUGGUAUGUUUACCUUUAUUCAAACAGUACGUAGAGUAAAAAUGAUAAAAUCUAUUUUCACUUGACUGGUGAAUUAUCAGCUGAACUGAGAGUAAAAACCUUUUUCACCAAAAAGUUAACGCUAUUAAUACUAUACAAUCACACUCUUAUUAUCUAGCUAGCGACAAUAAAAAUCCUUAAAGCUAUAGUGUGACCUCGAUACACACUAGCUACUACCUAGUUGUUUUUUCAUCAGGCGAGGUAACACAGCGAAGAGACGGAAGAUUGGAGUUUAACUGAGGCAUGGCAUUAAGAAGGGAGAAGCACGUAGUAUUCUGGUAUUUAGAAAAAAACUGGAUCAUAAUGGACGUUUUAACAUUAAUGGGUCUGGUUUGUUUUAAGGCCUGCUAUUAUCUUUAGCCGGCCAUUUAAGAAACUCAAUCAAGGCACACAGAGAUUUUAUUAACCUGGAAACUUGUUCAUGUGGGUCUACUUGUUAAUUAGGUGUUCCAUUUUGAAUGAUCAGUGUGUUUAAUUGCGUAA